CCAAAAGCUCCUGGUGGGAUCAAUAUGUCCUAAGGACAAAAAAGUGAGAGGAGAAAACAAAAAGCGAUGAAUGAGGAGAGAGAAGAAAGCAGUAGGUGCACGUAGACAGGAAAGAGGCGCCGAAAACGCGAAAAACUUAAAAAAAAAAAACAAGAAAAGCAAAAAAGGUGGAAGAGGAGAACAGAGGCAGAAGAAACCAGCAGAAUACAUAGUAGUAGAAAGAUUAUUGAAAAAGUAAAAAGAUCAAGAAGAUGCUAUGCACUGUGGAUAAGGUGUUUCAGUUCGUGUCAGGCUCCGGCAGUCUGCCAAAGCGAUCACUACUGCAGCUGGAGGAGUUUGCGUACCAAGGGGAUGGAGGGACGCCACCGGCUGGGGUCGGGAUCGGGAUAAUCAUUAUUGCCUGCACGGUGGGACUCGGCAUUCUCCUCUUCUUUAUCGGACUCCGGACGGAGAACGGCGGCAUGUUUUGUCUUAUGGCGAUUCUCAUCACGUUGGUUGUGUUCCUGGUUCUCUUCGCUUCACCAAGGAAGUCCAGCAGGAAGCCCAACAUCUACGGCAUUAAGGGCUAUGAUAAGUCCGCGGUGUUCAGAGGUGUUUUCACCUUCAUCAUGGUUUCAGGAGUGAUCAGUUCAAUUGCCGGUUUGCUAGUCAGUCAUGUUGUUCCACGAUCAUACGCACGGCAUCUCAGCGAGUUUCUGGACAUUGCCGCCCUCAGCUAUAGCUGACAAUGAACUAACUCAACCUGA